CGCGGAUUGCAUUUGCUGGCGGCGAGAAGAGAAUGGACGGUCUCGCCGAGCUCAUGGGCGGCUACACGGAAGAUGACGAGCGCGAGAUCAUCCAGGACAUUGCCAUCGGCAAGGACAAGGCGAUCGUCAUGCAGAUCUCGCUGGCGCUCGACGAUGGCCAAGCGCCCGGGUCGCUCUUCGCCUACCACGUCUGGAACGGCGCCACGUGCCUCUCCGAGUUCUUUGCGGCGACGCCGGCUCUCGUCCAGCGCAAGGCGGUGGUCGAGUUUGGCGCUGCCUCGGCGCUGCCGUCGCUUGUGGCACUGCAUCUGGGCGCGUCGACCGCCGUCAUGACAGACUACCCGGCGCCCGUCUUGAUUGACAACAUGCAGCGCAACGUCGCCCGGAACGCGAGCAAGCUCGGCAAUGGCAGCGCGACGGUCCUCGGGCAUCUGUGGGGCGACGACGUCGCGCCGUUGCUAGCGCCAACGCAAGGCGACGGCUUUGACGUGGCCAUCGUCGCCGAGUGUCUCUGGCUGCACAAGGAGCACGAGCACCUCUUGAUGUCGAUCAUGGCGUGCCUGAAGCAUGGCGGGAAGGCGUACAUUUGCUUCAGCCACCACGUGCCCGGCAUGGAGACCGAGGACUUGUCCUUCUUUGCCAAGGCGACGCGCCAGUACCAGUGCGACGUUGCGCAUCUCUCGACCUUCCAAGUCCACGCCGUCUUCAACUCGGCCAAGACAAAAGACCAGUACCUCUACUGCAUCACGAAGCUCUAGUGGUCCGAGGUCCACCUUCCUGAGAGCAAAACGUACAUGCGAACCUAGCAUGUCAAUCUUCCCUGUGGCGCUGCCACGUCAUCCACGCGUCGUCGAUGGAUUCGAUGACAACCAAAAAACAACUUUUACAACUCUUAUCUAACACCGUCGUGGAGCAGGUUCAAG